AUGACCGAAGAAAUCACUCUUGAGACCGCACCUUUUGAUCCGCGAUUUCCAAACCAGAAUCAGACAAGGCAAGUGGAAUUAACGCGUAGUCAGCAGCACUGUUACGUGAGCUACGUGGAUUACCACCGCUGCAUUAAGAUCAAGGGUGAAGACUUUGAGCCAUGCAAUUACUUCAAGAAAGUCUUCACCAGCUUGUGUCCGAAUGCGUGGGUCGAACAAUGGAACACUCAAAGGGAAGAAAACCGAUUCGCCGGACCCCUGUGA